UCAAGGAUAGGCUUGCAAGUCAGACUUGCCUGCGCGGGGUGCAGUCAUGUCGGGCCUCUACACGAUUUUCGAUUGCUUGACUGAGGGGCGACCCUUUGCUGCCUGCCUCUUGCACGAGGUGGUUCAUCAUUGGGCCCAGGGAGCUCACGAACUUGCAACGUUCAGCCCAGGCAAAGAGCUGGAACGCUUUGGCUUGUCCUUCCUCCGUGUCGAAGGGCUGGAGAAGAGCAUUGCUUAUGGCAAGCACUCCAGAACUGCAGUCCACAGCCACCUGGACAAGGUGCAGGCAUCUUGGCUGAACGAUUCAGAUCUGUCGCGCAUGGAUAAGAAGGGGGAAGCGACCCGCAGAGUCUUUGAUCAAGAGCUGCAGACGCUCCUAGAUGGAGGUGAAGUUCCAGAUGCACUGCAGAUUUGGACCUUCCGCGUGAAGGAAAUCCUGCGCUGUCUGGCUCCCUGGGCGCCACAACUCUCCAGCUCGAUAGACCUCACGGUGGUACACUUGGACCAGAGGACGACAGAACUUCCAGUGCUGCCCGGUGUGAAGGUGGUCUCGGUGGAGAACACCAAGCUGGCCGUACGGCGCUUUUUGCAGCGACGCCUGCGAGUGAGCAUCGGCAUCCACCUGGAGUUGCCGAGCACGCUUGGCACACCAGUGGAGUGGAAGAUGGAAGCCUAUCAGAUGGAGUCCAACCCUUGCAAGAUCAUUCCUUGCACAGGCACACCUACCGUGCUGCUGGUCCCGGGGCAGCAUGAGGCAGCCACCGCCCGGGUCCCGUCUGUGUCCGAGUUCCAGUUUCGGCGCUUGGUGCGCAUCGCAGGCAUCAACCUUUGCUGCUUCUAUGGUGUGCCACUGGUUCUUCAUCCCUCAGAGAUCGAGAACCACGCCGAUUUGUCUGCCAGGCGAGACGGUGGAGAUGGCUUCUGCACGCUGAUGGAGCAUCUCGUGGAAGGUGUGGGAGCUCUCUACAUCUCCAAGGUUUGCCCCAUGGAGCUCUGCACGAGAGGUGGAAGUCCCUUCACCUGGCUGGCCACCGUUCCACUGGGUUCCCAGGAGCCGUUCCGGACCAGUUCGCGGGACCGGUGCGAGAAGCCACAGCUGGUGCUGCGUGGCCUUUGCGAUCUUCAUCGAGGCGUGGUGAAGCGGAAGGCGAAGGACGGCGUGGGACCGGCUGGUCCCGUUUCUGCCGAGUUCAGAGGGGUAGAGGAGAGCUGGUCCAAGCUGAGCUAUUACAACCCACUGAGCACGGUCUCCAAUGUGCAUGGCCUGAGGGUGUUGGAGGAUGUGUGGCUUCCGACCGAGGCUCCUCACGGUUCCCGUGGCCGGGGGCGUCCCAAAGGCCGUGGCGGCGAGGCGCCGAAGCUGAAAGAACACCUCAGGCCGGGGAAGUCGCUCGAGGAAGUGAAGACCGACGUACCCGAGGUCUGUGAUACACUUCGUCCCAGGAACAUGGGGGGAGCAACAGAUCGACCUAGCCUGGCGCAGCUGGCACCCAUGCUGCAGCAACCGCCGCGGCGCCGGCUACGACUUGCAGGCGAGCGAACCAUCACCGAGGAGGAGGUGCAACGCCUGGCGGAUGGGAGCUUCGAAUUCAACUUCUGACAAUCUUUGGAUAUCUUCAGACCUUCAUGUGGCAUGUGGGAUGCGUGCGACACGCGGAGGGAGUGAGGUAUGUUCGUCAGACACUCUUGACACUAGUGGUUCUGAG